AUGAAAAUAUGGGCUGAUACGUGCGCUCUGGCGUUGUUUGCGUACAAAGUAACGUCAUUGCCGGAUGUAUCCCAGUUGCCGGGUUUCUCUGGUCUGUCGCUGUGCAGCGACAGAAACAAGGGCGUGCUGGAGAGGUGGACUGUGAAUGCAGAACAUGGUGAGAAUUUUGACUGGUGGUCGCUCGAUACGCCGAAAGAUCUCAAGCACUGGAUACAGACCUGCGACGAGGGCCACACCGGAUGCCUGCCGGCCUCAACCCUCCUCCCCACCCACAUCCUCGACUUUUCUGACCUGAGCGCAGUGAAGCUGCUGACUCAGCCGGCCUGUACAGGCGGGCACACGCUGCCCAGUGCCGACGAGGUCCUCGACCGCCGCGCGUGGACGUACCAGGAGCGGUACCUGUCGCCGCGGGUUAUCCGCUACGGCGCGAGCCAGAUUACGUGCAGCUGCCGCGCCGGCGACGUCCCGGAGAGCAAGUGCUCUGGCUUCCACGGUAGUGUGGUGCGCUUCGACCGCCGGUUGGACGAGUGGCUGGACCUGCUUUACUGA